GCUCGUGUGGCGACACCUUUGAACCUACUCCGAUUGGACAGUAGCUAGAUGAAAGUAAAACUUUACAUUUGCGAGGGAAGAGGAGAACGCAUAGCUACCGCUGAAUUAUUUCAUCAACUUGGCGAGCGAAUCCGUUUUUAGUCGUACCGCUUAGCAUGCCUUUGCAGGGGGAUUCUGAAAAGAAAAAUCGGUGAUUGAGCUGCCAGCCACAAUAUCCUGCAGCUAGGAGAAUGGUAAUUCAAUCAUCCACAAAUAGGUCCAUCAUGCAGACGCUGAGAAAGAACAAGACUUUGUUAACUGAGAUCCUGUCUGAGGAAUCCAGCUUCAUCCUUCAACAUGUGCAGCAGGAGGAAAUAGUGACUAAUCGUGACUACAACAACCUAAAAAUCCCCAAUCAGUCUAAUGAGAAGACUGUCAUCAACCUGCUGGAUAAAGUGAUGAAUAAAGGAAACACAAAAUGCUGUGAACUCGUGAACCUGCUGCAGAAACCACAUAUUAUAAAACAGUGCCCUAGACUGGAGGAAAUAUUCAACAAUAACACAAAACCCAGUGACCACACCUUCAACCCAGCCCCAACAGUCCCAAUUCCCUGUACAGAUACUUCUGACCUGGAAAAAGGGGUCACUAGUGGCGAUGAGGUCAGUCUGUAUGAGAUGACCAGUGUACCCCGUGGUCUCUGUUUGAUCAUCAACAACGAGAUAUUUGAUAAACUGGGUAAAAGAACAGGAUCAAACAAGGAUGCUGUGGAUCUGGCCAACAUAUUCAGCCGGAUGAAGUUCAGGGUGGUGAUGUGCAAGGACAAGACUGCAGUGGAGAUUCCCAUUGUGCUGAAGGUCUUCUCUGAGCUGAAGCAGUUAUCUGACCUGCAACAGUGUGGUGCGAAGGAGUGGGUCGGUGGUCAGUUCACUGAUCUAAAGGAUCUUCCUAAGCAUGGCGACGCCUUCGUCUGCUGCAUUCUGAGUCACGGAGAAAAGGAGGGCGUCUGUGGCACAGAUGGAACAGUCGUCCCCACCAUUGAUAUCCUCUCACCUUUCAACGGCACAAACUGUAGCAUCCUUGUUGAAAAGCCCAAGCUGUUCUUCAUCCAAGCCUGUCGAGGGAAAGACGUGCAGCCGGGUGUGCCGGUGAGCAAGAAGCCUAAAGUUGAAGGGACGGACAGGGAACUGGACACAGACAACGGCCAAGUCCAAGACUACACCCUUCCAAUAUACUCCGACUACCUGGUGUUCAUGGCCAACGUAGAGCAGUAUAUCUCUAUCAGGAAUGUGAACACGGGGUCCUGGUUCAUCCAGUCUCUGUGUGGCCAGCUUGAGAAAAGCUGCACCAGAGGGAAAAACAUCUAUGAGAUCCUUACAGGGGUCAAAGCCGUGGUGAGCAAGAAAAUAGGUGACCUUCGUAUUAAAGAUGCUAACGGUGAUUAUGGCUACGAGGUGGUCAAGCAAUCACCAGAUUCUAGAGACACCCUGACCAAGAUACUCAUCUUUCCUGCUGAGACCACGCAUUCUUCCUGUUGAUCUCUUGAUGUUACCAUGGUACCCUUCAUCAUCAACCGUCCAUAUCCUCUUUCAAGUUCAGUUUUGAUAUGAAAGGUUGAAUAGGCCAUAAUCAUGACACUACCAACAUUCCUGUGGUGUCAUUCUUAUUUGAUUACUUUUACAUGGUGGGAGAGGAGCCACCAUUACUCCUGGUGUCUUUAUUUGCCUGACUGCUACAUGUAUUUGAUGUUGUUCAAUUUUACAGGACUUGGUCAAAAAUACAUUUUAUAUUAAUGAUACAGAAUUUCACCAGCGUAUAUACCAAAAGUCCUGUGGCACUGCUGCAGCUCAACCAAGUGUACUAGGUCAGACUACAUUGACUUUUUAACCAAACUAUUCAUUUGAUAUGUGAAGAUACUCAGUAUCAGCAUUCUAUGUAAAGUUUCAUAGCAAGAACAACUGGUUAUUGAUAUCUUGGCACACUGUUUCAGCUUUACUUUAAAUAUUUUUUUAUGUGAUUUCAUCUACUUUCUUUAUUUGGGAAUUUUUAUACAAUCAUGUUUUCUUACAUGCCUUUCCUGGCAUCUUAAAAUAUGUUAUACUUCAAAAUAAAUAUUUUAUAUUUUAUCAACA